CUAACCCCCAAUUGCAGAUACCAAUUAGGGUCUGAUUCAGAAAGUGAAAACCUUGAGGAGGGUGGUGAGAGAGAUGAUAAAUUUGAGCCUAUUGGGUCUGAAUCAAAUAUGGGUCUCUCAGUAUUCUGUGGGCUCCAGGCCCAAAAGACUUCCACUUGAAACUUCAAGUCACCUGAGGAGCAAGCUGAAGCUGUUCCUCCAACUUCUACCAGUUUUCUUACCAUGAUCGUGAAACAUGGAGUUCGAACCAGACCAUACCAUGCACUCGCACCAGCGGCUUCCGAAAUUCCUUCCUUGCCAUCGACCCGGCAGCACCACAGCCUCCUUUCUCAAUGCAAAAGCUUGAAGUCUCUGCGGCAAAUCCACGCCCAACUGAUAGUCUCAGGCUUCCAGCAAGACCAUUCGACACUGACCCAUCUCAUAAAUUCCUACUCUUUGUUCAAAAAAUGCGGUUCUGCGCUCUCAGUUUUUUGUUCUGCGCAAAACCCAAGUGUGAUUUUGUGGAACUCCAUGAUUCGAGCUUAUACGAGAGCAAACCAGUACAGGGAAGCUCGAAAAAUGUACAAUUCGAUGGUGGAACAAGGCGUAGAGCCGGAUAAGUAUACCUUCAACUUUGUUUUGAAAGCUUGUACUUCUGCUUUGGAUUUCGAAGAUGGUGUCUUGGUGCACCGUGAAGUUGCUCGGAAGCGGCUGGACUCUGAUGUGUUUAUAGGGACCAGUCUCAUUGACAUGUACUGUAAAAUGGGUGACUUAGAGAAUGCGCGAGAGGUGUUUAAUAGAUUGCCUAAGAGAGAUGUUGUAGCUUGUAAUGCUUUGAUUGCGGGUUUAUCGCAAAGUGAGGAUCCGUGUGAGGCAUUGGGGUUUUUCCGGAAGAUGCAAACAUGGGGGCUGAGGCCGAACUUGGUGAGCUUGGUCAAUUUGGUUCCAGCAGUGUCUCGGUUGGCAGAUAUUGAUACUUGUAGGUGUAUUCAUGGUUAUCUGUUGAGGAGGGAUUUUAGUUCGGUGGUUUCUAAUGGUUUGAUUGAUAUGUACUCCAAGUGUGGAGAUGUAGAUGCUGCUCACCGGGUUUUUGACAUGAUGCAGGACCGGGAUGAUGUUUCGUGGGGAACGAUGAUGGCAGGGUAUGCGAGUAAUGGAUGUUUUGUUGAGGUUUUGGAGUUAUUUGAUUGGAUUAAAGGAGAGAAUACUCCGAUGAAUAAGGUUUCAAUCAUAAGUGCUCUUUUGGCUGCUACUGAGAUGAGAGAUUUAGAGAAAGGGAAGGUGAUCCAUUUUUGUGCCUCACAACAAGAACUCAAUGCUGAUGUUUUGGUUGCUACUUCUAUAAUGACCAUGUAUGCAAAAUGCGGAGAGAUAGAGAAGGCUAAACAAAUUUUUGAGGGACUAGGGAAAAGAGAUUUAGUUUCUUGGGCUGCACUUUUAUCUGCUUGUGUCCAAUCUGGUUAUCCUGAAGCAGCAUUGUCUCUCUUUCGAGAUGAGCAGAAUGAAAUUUUGAAACCAGGUGGAAUAACGCUGAUAAGCGUCCUCUUGGCAUGUGCAGAAUUAUCGUAUCUGAAGUUAGGUAUGAGCAUACAUUGCUAUGCUCUCAAGGCAAACAUUGCUUCCGAUAUUUCUUUUGGAACAGCCCUAGUCUCCAUGUAUGCCAAAUGUGGAAAUUUUACGUCUGCAUUAACUCUAUUCAAUAGAAUGCCAUGCAAAGAUGUUGUGACAUGGAAUGCUUUGAUAAAUGCAUACACCCAAAUUGGUGACGCCUGCCAUGCUAUAGAUAUGUUUCGUGAAUUAUGGUUGUCUGGAAUAAUGCCUGAUGCAGGAACCCUGGUGGGCAUUAUCUCCGCUUGUAGCAUACUGAGUGACCUAGAUCAAGGUACCUGUAUUCAUGGACAAAUUAUAAAGAAUGGGUGUGAGCAUGAUGUUGCUGUCAAAAAUGCUCUUAUUAGCAUGUAUUGCAACAUAUGCUCAGCUGAACUUCUGUUUAACAGAACCAUAUUUAUGAAGGAUGUGGUAUCAUGGAAUGCAAUGAUGUCCGGAUACGUGCAGGCUGGAUAUGCCAGGGAAGCUAUAUCUGCUUUUCACCAGAUGAAAUUGGAGAACGUUCGGCCUAAUUUAGUCACAUUUGUUUGUAUCCUUCCUGCAGUGGCAUAUCUGGCAGCCCCAAGAGAGGGAAUGGUUUUUCAUUCUUGCAUUAUCCAAAUGGGGUUUCUGUCCAACACACUUGUGGGAAAUAGUCUUAUCGAUAUGUAUGCUAAAUGCGGACAGCUCAAUUAUUCAGAGAAAUGCUUUAAUGAGAUGGAGCACAAGGACAAAGUUUCAUGGAAUGCAAUGCUUGCAGCAUAUGCAGUGCACGGGCAAGGAGUUGAUGCAGUUGCACUUUUCUCACUGAUGCAAGAGAGUUCUGUCCAAGUUGAUUCUGUGUCAUUCAUCAGUGUUCUGUCCGCUUGCAGACAUGCCGGUCUGGUACAAGAAGGAAGGAGUAUUUUCCAGGUCAUGCAUGAAAAGCAUCGUCUUGAACCAGAGUUGGAACAUUAUGCGUGCAUGGUAGAUCUUUUAGGUCGUGCUGGUUUAUUCGAUGAAGCUUUAAACUUAAUUAAUAAAAUGCCAAUGGAGCCGGAUGCUGGAGUCUGGGGAGCGUUAUUAGGUGCGUGUAGGGUGCAUUCUAAUGUGGAGUUAGGAGAAAUUGCAUUGAGUCAUCUUGUUAAGCUUGAGCCUAGAAAUGCAGCAAAUUACAUAGUUUUAUCUGAUAUACAUGCUCAUUCUGCUAGAUGGGGUGAUUCUGGCAAGACAAGAUCAAUGAUGAGUGACUCGGGGUUAAAGAGAACACCGGGAUGUAGUUGGGUAGAGGUUGAAAACAGGGUCCAGUCUUUUCUGGUGAGUGACUACAACUACCAGCCCCAACUUGAGAGCUGAGAACAUGCAGUCUCUGUGAAAUAACUUACUUCAAAAGAUGGAGAACUUAGACUGAUUGGAAGAACUCUCUGUGCUGAUGUGCAUUGCCAUGCUGCAGAUUGCGAAGAUGAGAAACCGGAUAAAAGCUGUCAGUGAUGCUAUUUGUUUCCGUAAUUUUGUGCUGGUAUCUGCUCGUGCAAAGAUCGCCGGUGAACUGGAUGAGAGGUGCACAACUCCCAUCAUACAAAAGUAAGCAAUCACAUCUUCAACGAACGAUAAUUUGUUAUCGAAGCUGUGAAGUUGGCUCACUGUCCCCUGCAGUGAAUGCUUCAGACUGUAUGGAAACAACCAGAUUAAUCAACUCCAGUAGUCGCCUUUGACAAACACACGAGUGUAAGAAAGAAGGGAAUAAAAGAGUAUUCAAAACCAAAAGAAAAAGUACUCAAUAUUUAAUGAAAUAUGUGGUUUUGACAUAAAAUAGAGGUGUUUGAGGGGACUGUAGCGCUUGUAAUAAUAAAGAGGCCUUUUGCAUGUGCAGGAGAGCGCGGAGAGGCUAAUUUAAAUUAAAGGAAAAAGAGAAUGUUGUUGAAACUAAGUUUGAAAUAUAAAAAUACAGCAUAUUGGAUGAGGAUUAAUU